CUAAACUGGGUUGGAAGCGAUGAAUGGCGUUUGCCGAUUGUGCAGGAAAUGCAGAUUCAUUGGUUGCUCCUGAAAAAUCCGCAAAUUUAAGUAAAUAAAUAUAACUUAUAAGUUUUUACACCGUUAUAAUUUGUACAAUUAGUGUGAUCAUGGCUGCUUGGGCAUGUUAGCAGGAGGUAAGAUUGCAGUUCGGGCCUUGGUCGAAUUGGUUUCGAAAGUGAUGAUGGUCAAGUCAGUACUAAGUAGCCGAUAACAUGACGUUCCUGGGCAUCAUUACCAGUUUGUUACUAAUCAUCAAUGUCUGCUUUGCCCAGCCAGCACAUCCACAUAUCAUUCUGAUUGUGGCUGAUGACUUGGGUUGGGAUGAUGUGAGUUUUCAUGGAUCGACUGAGAUUCCAACACCAAACAUUGAUAAGCUUGCUAGAGAUGGAGUUAUAUUACAUAAUUACUACGUCAUGCCACUUUGUACCCCAACGCGGUCUGCUCUAAUGACAGGGAGACAUCCUAUACAUCUCGGGUUACAACACAAUACAAUAGGUGGAGCUCAACCCUAUGGACUCGGCCUCAAUGAAACUCUGAUAUCUCAACUUCUCAAAACACAAGGAUAUAAAACACACAUUGUUGGGAAGUGGCAUCUUGGCAUGUUUGCUAAGGAGUAUCUACCCCUGAAUCGAGGAUUUGACAGCCAUUUUGGUUUCCUGUUGGGACAUGAAGAUUACUUGGACCAUACUGCGGAAGAUGGUCCGUUAUAUUGGGGUUAUGAUUUCCAACGCAACAGUCAAAUUUAUAAACCCAUAUUUGGGCAAUAUGGCACAGAAAUUCUUACAGAAGAGGUCAAAAAGGUCAUCACUAGCCAUGACCCCUCAGAGCCUCUCUUUCUAUACAUAGCUCAGCAAGCUGUCCACGCAGGAAAUUCUGAUCAUCCACUACAGGCUCCUGAUCAUUAUGUCCAACGCUUCCCUAACAUCAAGAAUGAAAAGAGACGGAUAUUUGCAGGUAUGGUUUCUGCCCUUGAUGAUUCCAUUGGCAACAUCACCAAAUAUCUCGCUGAAACAGAUCUGUACAAGCACUCGAUCAUCAUCUUCACUACUGACAAUGGGGGCGCUGGUCAUGGCUAUGAUGGCAGCGUUGGUUGUAACUGGCCUCUACGAGGAAUGAAAUCUACCCCAUGGGAGGGUGGAGUCCGGGGGGUGGGAUUUGUCAACAGCCCCCUACUUGAGAAGCCAAAGCGUAUAUCACAUGACCUGAUUCAUGUGUCUGAUUGGUUCCCAACAAUGUACAGAGUUGCUGGUGGCAAUGUCAGCUUGUUAGGAGGAAACAUUUACGGAAAGGACGUCUGGGAUACAGUGUCUCAGGGUCAGUCAUCACCAAGGAAUGAGAUUCUUCUUAAUAUUGACCCGAUUGGUAUGUAUGCUGCAUUACGUGUGGGCGACUACAAACUUCUCAUUGGUGAUAAUGACCAUGGAAUCUGGGAUGGCUGGUACCCACCACUAGGAGCAUCAACAGAAAAUAAACAUGAGGAAGAACAAAGCCUCGGUGUUUCUCGACCUCAAAGUGCCCUCCCUCCAGUAGUCAGUUGCCUCUUGCCACGCCCAUCAAAUGCUUCCACCAACUGCAAACCAUUUGAGAAACCCUGUCUAUUCAACAUCAGGAAUGAUCCAUGUGAGUUCUACAACAUAGCUGACUGGAACCAAGAUAUUUUGGCAGAGAUGAUGACUCGCUUACACCUAAUUAAUGCCACCGCAGUCCCACCAAAAAAUGUUCCGAAUGAUCCAAAAGGCAAUCCCAAACUGCAUGGUGGUAACUGGGUUCCGUGGGUGAAUCUGACAGAGUACAAACUGUAAGAUAUGCAGUGGUUACAUUUCAUCCAACUUCAGUCGUUCAUUAAAAAAGGGGAUGAAGAUAUGAAUUCCACAUAUGUGUAGAGAAGUGUGUUAAUUUGCCACUGCUUAAUCCUAACCCUGCCAACGCAACAGUGCAUAUGUGAAAAAGUCUCAUGCACUUUAAUGCACGGGCAAUCAACUGCACAGACUAGCCAUGUUGAGACAAUGGGAGCUAGUCUCAUUGAACAAUGCCACUGGCACUGUUAGAUUAUGUGGUGACUAGUGACCACAGACUUCCAGGCUGUUUGGCUUGGGGGGAGAGUUGACCUGUGGGAUCAUGUUACACUGGGCAGGCAAGCCACUGUGACAAAUGAUGCAAUUUGAUGUGUCUGGCUGGGUUUUCUGUCUGGCUGGGUUUCCAGCCAAAGUAGGCUAGGCUGGAGGGUUAGGGUUAAAGUGGACAGCUCUGAGUUAGGACAUGGCCAUGGUUUAGAAAUAACUAUAAACAUGACUUUCAUAUCAAUUGUACUUUUACCAAAUAUCUACUCCUCAGACUUUCAUUUCUAGAUUUACACUUUUUCCUAAAAAUCUGUGUACCUACGACAAGGAAAAUGCAGGGAAUUGAGAAACAGAAAAUCUCAUUGGCUUGUGAUAGAUGUAACGUCUAUUUUCAACUCCUGUACAUUCGAAGUAUAUUUGUAUUGCUAUUGUUUCUGUUGGAGCCACCUACAGUGCAAGUCAUGUGAUGCAGGUUGACUGCUGACUUUACCUUCUGGGAGACUUGCAGAACAUGUCUUUUACUGACACAAAAAAGUCUUUUCUGAGAAAGAUACAGUAUGUUUACGUACCUCCUGAAAUAUGUGAAAUAUCUUUAAGACGGCAUGUGACAAGUAUUUCAGAGGAAACUAAAAUAGGACUUACCGUGUUGUCUUUAUUAGGUUAUCCUUUUAUGAGUAUUUGUAGCUUUGCAACAUUUUAUAUUUUUCAUAUAUUUCUGUCAAUUAAAAGUGAAAAUGACACUUUAACAUUUAA